CCGUGCAAUCCUGGCCCUAUUUUUUAUAUGUAAACAAGAUGUCCAAUGUAGGGAAAAUAAAGAUAAGGGCCAUUGCGGAUCUGCAGGCCACAGUAAGACUAAAUGAACCGGACCCACCACCCACUAACGGGAACAGAACGCCGGACAAGAAAAGAGCGGGAAGAACUCGUGCCGCUUCCACGACAAAAAAGGUCCGGCCAAAGACGGAAGCAUGUCCAAUCAUAGCCAGCACUGCGUUCAAGCGUUCCAGCAAAAAGACUCCGCUGCCAGGACAAACGCGCAUCGACAGCUUUUUUACAAGUGCCGUCAAGAACUACAAAGUCAACAUGGUGCCAAGUUCCUCCUGCAAGAAGUUGGAUCCUCCGUUGGACAAGCGGAAGGGAUCUUCCAGGGGACGCAAGCGCCUCUUCGAGGAGUCUACAACCACCUCCUCCGCAUCCACGGACAAGCUGGAUGCAAAGCCGUCAGAGAAGCGAGUGCAGCCUAGUCGCCGUGCGAAAGGCAAGGAAAACGCCAGCCUCUCCGAAGUGGACGUAAUUGACCUGUGCUCCGAGGACGAGCAGACCAUAAAAAUAAAGCCUUCCGUGGUAGCCUCUCCCUGUAAAAGCAGCAGCGCUGUCCAAGCAACCAAGCUUAGAAGUCCAGAGACUUCCAUGUCAGAAGCCAAGCUAAGCAAUCCCCAAACAGGUCCCAGCCUAGACAUACUGGAAAUCUCCCCGGGUCCCAAAAAAUCCCCAGCGAAUAACUCUUCCCGGUCAUCGACGGCUACAAUCACUAAGGAAAGCCCGCUAGCCAAAAACUCUACAAAAGGAACUGGACGCAAACAAAGAAAACCAAAGCCUUGUCCGCCCUAUAAAGUCGUGGAGGGUACAUCCUUCUGCGUCGACGGUUUUCAGUUUGGGGAAAUAGAGGGAGUCACACAUUACUUUCUCACCCACUUUCAUGCGGAUCACUACAUCGGCCUGACUAAAAAGUUCUGCCAUCCCCUCUACGUGAGUCCUACUACCGCGCGCCUGGUGCGAACGUUUAUCAAACUCGAUGAAACGCACAUUAACGAGAUUGAUGUGGACCAGACCCUGGACGUAGAUGGCGUCCAAGUAACCGCCUUAGAAGCUAACCACUGCCCUGGAGCACUCAUGUUCUUCUUCAAACUGAGCUCUGGCGAAUGCAUUCUGCACACCGGGGAUUUCCGAGCUAGCGCGGAAAUGGAAUCCCUACCAAUAUUCUGGAACCAUUCAAACAUCGAUCUGCUCUAUCUGGACACAACGUAUAUGAACAAAAACUACGACUUCUGCCACCAAAGCGAGAGCGUUGACCGAGCCGUGGAACUGGUGCGCGCCUUCUUAGAGAAAAAUGCAGCCAAACGAAUCCUUAUCGUCUGCGGCUCCUACGUGAUAGGAAAGGAGAAGAUAUGGUUGGCUUUAGCGAAGGAGUUUACCAUGAAGGUGUGGACAGAAAGCAAUCGCAGCAACGCAGUAAGAUGCCUGAAUUGGCCGGAUCUAGACUCCGUGCUAACAGAAGAUCGCCGCGGAGCCAACUUGCACGUCAUUGCAAUGGGGAAAAUCAGCUAUCCGAGCCUGGUCGAUUACUUUACUGAAUUCGAGGACCAAUAUGACAUGUUGCUGGGCAUAAGGCCCAGUGGAUGGGAAAAGAACUCCAAGCCUUCGUACGGCAAGCGAAUUAGCACGAUCGGCAUUGAGUACUCGGAACACUCCAGCUACAAGGAGUUGGAGCGCUUCGUACGCUUCCUCAAGCCAAAGCGAGUCAUAAGCACCGUUCCCGUGGGCCGCGAUCUCUUUGUCACUGGAGAGGUGCCCAUGCGGUGGUACAAAUACGAAGGUCGGGCAUCUAUGCUGAUUACUGGUUUUCAGCCAUCGAUAUCCACUUUCCUAGCUACGCCGAAACGCGCUUUUGCAAAAUUCAGUUCAGAUAUUGAAAUGUUCUUGAGCCCCGUGGAUGAGAAUGGUUCCAAAGGGAGUGAAGAUAGGAAAGACGAUGACCGGGAAUCCGUGGUGCCAACGAAUCAUGUAACUAUUAUAUCCGGCACUUCGGAAGAGGGUUUUCAAAAUGAUUCCGAGAUACCAGUUAAAAACGAGCCCCUGGCAUCGGACACGUCACCGAAUUCUGAAAUAGGUGCUCAACUCAAUGCGAUGGAAUCCGAAAUUCCAUAUGAUGAAAUAGACAUUAAAAACGAAACUAUCGCACCUGCUGCCGUCCUCGUACCUUCUGUCCCAACGGAGGAUACAUUUCCAAGUACGAAUUGCAAUGUUAUUGGUGUCCAGAAAGAACAGGCAGUCGUGGUUAGUAGACUGACAUCCGAUGCAUCAGACGAUUGGCUCCUAUAGUGAUUAAAUUUCGGAUAAAAAAGUCCUUAGGAUUUAAGUACGGCUGCUAGUAGUUUUAAGAUAUUUUGUUAUUAAAUAAUAAGGUAUAUACAUACUUAUGUUCGAAAAGAGCUUUAGUUUCUGUUCAACUGUUAUAAUAAUGUUUUAAUUUCUUUUAUAUAAGGCUUGCCCUUUCCAUACAAUUUUAAAUACUUUACAUAUGUAUUUUGGUUGAUAUAUAUAUAUUCCCACACUAUUUAGCUGCGAACCGUACAUAAUGAAAUAAAUUAAGUUUUAGUUUGGAGAAGGAAACCAUUAAAUAUGUGCUAAUGCUAAUAACAAUGGGCGUCCCUAACUCAAGUGCUAACGAAUGUAAAUGAGCUUUGUAUUUUUCACCUAUAUGCUUUAUGAUUUCAUUUAAAUAAUAAAGAAAUGUGUAAACCACUUGAGCCGAGUGCUUUAAAAGGA